UUCAUAGAUUGCUUGUUCACACAUAGAUAAAAGGUCGAUGAUAACGCAUGGUUUAUCUGCCUCAAUAAAAGAAAAGGGCUCACUCUCUACUUUUAAUGUUCCACGCCGUUUUCAUUUACCCAUUGCGUUAUUAAGACUUUUAUGCAUAAUACCUGCAUUAAUAGGUGUUUAUAAUAAUAUCACAACACCUUUUACGAAUGAUGACUAUUCAGGUUUAUUUCAACACAAGAGCUCACCAUUAACACAUAAAGUAGCUUUAUUAUGGUGUAUACUUGCAGGUUAUUGGAGUUGGGUAUUAACGACAAGCAUGCUUCGAAGAUGGUUGUAUCAUUAUGAGAUCAGUAGUACCAUCGUUCGCCUUAUUACACUCAAUGUCAUCAAUUGGUCUGUUUCAGCUUAUCUCAGUUCUCGUUAUGGCAUCGAUCAACCCAUUUGGAAAUGGAUGACAAUUUGUAUGAUACUUUUUGUUUCUAAUAUCAUUAAAAUAAGAUUUGCAUCAAGACCUAAAUAUCAUACACGUACAGAAGAAAUGGAGCAACCUUAUUUAAAUUACAAGUCUACUUUUGUACGAGUUUUAAUAUUUCCUUUAACAGUUGUUAUUUUCAUUACCAUGUUUGCUUCACUUUAUCAAAUAGGUCAGAUGAGAAGAGUCUCUGGGGAAUUAUUAGCACAACGAACAGUGAUGCCUAUCAAAGAGCGUCACCCUGAAUUAGCGGAUGCACACGUUCGUGUCAUGGUCUUUGUCCUUUCCGCCUGGACAGCCAAAAGUCUCGAAAAACGUAAAGUGUUUCGUGAGACAACAUUGAAGCUUAUGCCCGAGGAUAAUGAACAUAUCUCUUACUUUUAUCGAUUCAUCAUCGGUCAGCCACCUAAUGAAAAAGUGAAGAUGACGAUGGGACCCUUGAUUGAACAAGAGAUAGAUGCUUAUGGUGAUAUUUUAUUAUUACCUUGUUCAGAUCUCUAUGAGGAUUUAAGUAAAAAAGUCUAUGCUGCCUUUGAAUGGGCAAACCAAUAUGAUUUUGAUUAUUUUGUAAAGACAGAUGAUGAUAUCUUUGUAAGAUGGGAUACAAUUAGUAAAGAAAUGGAAUUAGCAGGUAGAACUCAACGUUAUUGGAGGGGAUUAGCUUAUUGGUAAAUUUAAGAAAUGUAAAUUGUAUUGUCUUUUUUUUAAAUAUGUAAUGAUAUAGGAAUAUACCACCCAUUCGAAAUUCUGAAAAUAAGAAUGGUGAACUUGUGUAUCCUUUACCUAUUUUCCCGCCUUAUACAGCUGGUGCACUUUAUAUUCUCUCAAGGGAUAUAGUCCAUU